GAGGCACGCUCCCGUCCUGGGGCCGGCGGGGAGGACGCCUGAAGGGGCGCAGGCUGCGACGCGGGGCCUGGGCGGAGUCGCGGCUUCCCGCCGGCGCUGCGUGGCCUCCCGUCCCUCGGGUUGGCCCGCCCAACAACCCCGCGAGGGUAUUUUCUUCGCUGCCUGUUUGGUGCAGAAAGGAUGUCCCGUGUCCCUUUGGGAAAAGUCCUUUUGCGGAAUAUCAUUCGCCACACUGACGCACACAACAAGAUUCAGGAAGAGUCAGAAAUGUGGAAAAUACGGGAGAUGGAAAAGCAGAGCCAAGAGAUACACUGGAGCAAACACGAGAGGACUCUUCUGAACAGCCCCAGCAGCCGGAUGCGUAGCGAUGGGUUCGACGAGGAGAGCCAGCAAGCCACCUGGAGGGCAAGGAAUGUGCCGGUUAUGGCAGUGACCAUUGAAGAUGACCUUCAUCACGCCCGGUACUGGAACAAGAAGCUCUACGAAUGCGAAGCUAACGUGCCAGACAGAUGGGGCCACAGUGGCUACAAAGAGUUGUAUCCAGAAGAAUUUGAUACAGACAGUGACCGGGAGCCAGAUGAGCAAAACUCUGUGAAUGGAAAAAGAAAAUCCCCAUCAGGCAGAGAGUCUUCUGCGAAGCUGCAUAAAAGGAAAAAGGCCAAAAAGUCACACAGGAAGAAGCAGAAAAAGAAAUCUCACAAGAAGAAGAAGAAGAAGAAACGAGAGCUGCUGAGCACGGUGGCGGGUUCUUCCCAGGAGUCUGAAUGUUCGGAGGGGGAGCCUGCCAAGAGGAGGAGGAAGCGCCACGCCAAGGGCAAGAAGGCCUCAGCCGAGCCCCCUGCCGCCUCCUUGGGGCCAGGCAGCGGCUCUAGCAAGGCCAGCAGCUGCCUCUCCAGCCAUUCCGGGGACAGUAACCCGGAGAGGGAGCCGGUGAGGAGGAGGAGGAAGCGUCAUGCUUCCCUGUCUGAGAGAGCGGGGGAGAGGGUGCCCGAGAAGCGCAGCAAGAGGAAGAACUGGAAAGUAGCAGCAGAUGAGAAUUCUGAGGACAGCUCAGAGGAGGACUAGGACCAAGCUCUGGGGGCUGAUGGGCUCGGAGAGGUAGAGCUUCCCUCCGGACGCAGUCCUGCUGAGAGCAAACUUGGAUUUGGUUCGGCUGGCAGGGGCAGGGGGUAAUUUUGGCUUCCCGUGGGCCAGAAAACAAAGGCUUGGAUUCCUUUUGCUCGCGCCAGAUUCCAGCCGGACAGUCCUUUUUUUCACGUUGGGAUGGACCUUUCCAUUGCAAAGUUCUGCUCUUGAAGACAGCAAGAACUGUGGAUGAUUUCGGCUCCCCUUUGCCUUUAAAAAAAACCCUGGAAUUUAUUUUUUAAUUGCUAAGAUCUACAGUUGGAUUGCAAUAAAGCAUGAGGGGGAGAGGUGAGAUGUUCCCCAGGCA